CCCUCCCAGCUGCUGUAACCCCUCCCAGCUGCUGUGACCCCCCUCCCAGCUGCUGUAACCCCCUCCCAGCUGCUGUGACCCCACCCAGCUGCUGUGACCUCUCUCAGCUGCUGUGACCCCUCCCAGCUGCUGUGACCCCCCUCCCAGCUGCUUUGACCCCCUCCCAGCUGCUGUGACCCCCCUCCCAGCUGCUGUGACCUCUCUCAGCUGCUGUGACCCCUCCCAGCUGCUGUGACCCCCCUCCCAGCUGCUUUGACCCCCCUCCCAGCUGCUGUGACCCCCCUCCCAGCUGCUGUGACCCCUACCAGCUCCAGUGACCCCGGCGCCGCCUCCUAGGCCCGUGACGGUGUCUGGGGGGUAACGAACAAAUAUCUGUGAACACAAACAAAUGUCACUUACAAGCCUGCCAAAUGCGUUCGUAUUCAAAUACUUAUUUACUUGUAAGAGGGCGGCGUUAAGUAGAGGUUGGCGAGUCACUAAUGUGCAACAGGUGUUGCGGGAGGUGUUGCGGCAGCCUGUUGCGGGAGGUGAACCGCGGAGACAGGACCAGAGGUAGUAACAUGGAGCCGCAUGCGGCCGCUGAUGAGCUGGGGACCCAUCAGGAGAACCAAGACAUCGGAUGUGCUCAGGGAGUGGAUGCCUCGGGCAGCGUCAAGCCCAGCAGGGUACAGCCGCAGCCGGACAUACAGCGCCCGAGAGACCUGGAGCCGGAUACGACAGUUGUGCCCCAACAGGACAGGUUCGAGGCUCCUGACGGAGGCUGGGGAUGGGUCGUCGCCGCCGGAGUCUUCCUCAUAGCCCUGGUGGUGCCCAUGUUGUCGCCCAGCUUCGGGAUACUGUUCUCCCGCCAGCUGCUGGAGUGGCGCGCCUCCACGACAACCGUCGCCAUCAUCUACAGCGCCUUCAUGCUGGUGUGGAAGUUGUCGUCCGUCAUCGUGGCUUCACUAGUGCGGGAGUUCGGCUUCCGGCGGGUGGCCAUGACGGGCACCUUGCUGACGUCUUCCUGUCUCACCAUCAGCGCCUUCGCCACCUCUCCUCAGCUCCUCUUUCUCUUCUUCUCCCUGGGCUGUGGUCUGGGGUGCGGGCUGUCGUGUGUGGGUUACCUCAUCCUGGCCCAGUACUUCGAGGCCCACCGCGGCCUGGCCAACGCCUGUCUCAUGGCUGGCGCCGGACUGGGCCACUUCAUCAGUCCCUUGCUUAUUCGCUUCCUGCAGGAGGAGUACGGGUUCAAGGGCGCCACGGUCAUCCUCGGAGCUGUCAUACUUCAUGGCUUCGUUGGUGCCACCUUGUUACACCCCGUCGAGUGGCACCGUAAGUCUUCCAAGGUGAAAAAGUCUUCGUGUAAGACUGAAGUUGUGUACGUUCUUAUUCCAGAAACAGAGAAUCAGGAAGGAAAAAGUGUUAAAGUUAAUGGUUCAAAUAGUUUCAAUACUCAAUUGAGAAACUCCAAGUGUACAAAGGCCGAUACGUCAACAUAUUUACAUAACGUCAGCGGAGGUCAGAACGGUGUCCAGACCUCGUUCAUGUCCACGGACCUUAAUGGACAGUCAUCAGCUGACACUUCUGAUGCAAACAUUACCAAUCAGGACGACCGUGAAGUGUCGGUGAACACUCAGGACGACCGUGAGAAGGCGGUGAACACUCAGGACGACUGUGAGAAGAUGGUGACCACUCAGGACGACUGUGAGAAGACGGUGAACACUCAGGACGACUGUGAGAAGACGGUGAACACUCAGGACGACCGUGAAGUGGCGGUGAACACUCAGGACGACUGUGAGAAGACAGUGAACACUCAGGACGACUGUGAGAAGAUGGUGACCACUCAGGGGGACCGCCAAGCGACGCCUGGGAGUGUCUGUGGCUGUGGCUGCGUUCUGUGUUGCGCUCUCAUACACGUGUUCCGGUCAAUAAUAGAGGACAUCCGCAUCUUGAGGCAGCCAUCCUGUUUGAUUAUAGCCAUGUCGUCAACACUUACAGUUAACGGCGAGGCCAACUUCACCGUGCUGGUGCCCUUCGCCAUACAGGCGUCGGGACACUCGCUACAGGCGGCUGCCUGGUGCGUGUCUCUGGCUGGCAUCACCAGCUUCCUGGCCAGGAUGUGUGUGUCAACUCUCUCAGACUUCCCGUGGUUCAACAUGCGACUCUGCUACAUGGCUGGCGUGGGUGGCUUCAGUAGGAGCCUCCACACUUGCUGUGGCUUCAGUAGGAGCCUCCACACUUGCCGUGGCUUCAUAGGAGCCUCCACACUUCCUGUGGCUUCAGUAGGAGCCUCCACACUUCCUGUGGCUUCAGUAGGAGCCUCCACACUUCCUGUGGCUUCAGUAGGAGCCUUCACACUUCCUGUGGCUUCAGUAGGAGCCUUCACACUUGCUGUGGCUUCAGUAGGAGCCUCCACACUUUUUGUGGCUUCAGUAGGAGCCUCCACACUUGCUGUGGCUUCAGUAGGAGCCUCCACACUUGCUGUGGCUUCAGUAGGAGCCUCCACACUUGCUGUGGCUUCAGUAGGAGCCUCCACACUUGCUGUGGCUUCAGUAGGAGCCUCCACACUUGCUGUGGCUUCAGUAGGAGCCUCCACACUUGCUGUGGCUUCAGUAGGAGCCCCCACACUUCCUGUGGCUUCAGUAGGAGCCUCCACACUUUGCUGUGGCUUCAGUAGGAGCCUCCACACUUGCUGUGGCUUCAGUAGGAGCUUCAGGAGUCUCCACACUUGCUGUGGCUUCAGUAGGAGCCUCCACACUUGCUGUGGCUUCAGUAGGAGCCUCCCACUUGCUGUGGCUUCAGUAGGAGCCUCCACACUUGCUGUGGCUUCAGUAGGAGCCUCCACAGCUUCAGUAGGAGCCCCACACUUGCUGUGGCUUCAUUGGAGCCCCCACACUUGCCGUGGCUUCAGUAGGAGCCCCCACACUUGCUGUGGCUUCAGUAGGAGCCUCCACACUUGCUGUGGCUUCAGUAGGAGCAGUAGGAGCCUCCACACUUGCUGUGGCUUAGGAGCCUCCACACUUGCUGUGGCUUCAGUAGGAGCCUCCACACUUGCUGUGGCUUCAGUAGGAGCCUCCACACUUGCUGUGGCUUCAGUAGGAGCCUCCACACUUGCUGUGGCUUCAGUAGGAGCCUCCACACUUGCUGUGGCUUCAGUAGGAGCCUCCACACUUGCUGUGGCUUCAGUAGGAGCCUCCACACUUGCUGUGGCUUCAGUAGGAGCCUCCACACUUGCUGUGGCUUCAGUAGGAGCCUCCACACUUGCUGUGGCUUCAGUAGGAGCCUCCACACUUGCUGUGGCUUCAGUAGGAGCCUCCACACUUGCUGUGGCUUCAGUAGGAGCCUCCACACUUGCUGUGGCUUCAGUAGGAGCCUCCACACUUGCUGUGGCUUCAGUAGGAGCCUCCACACUUGCUGUGGCUUCAGUAGGAGCCUCCACACUUGCUGUGGCUUCAGUAGGAGCCUCCACACUUGCUGUGGCUUCAGUAGGAGCCUCCACACUUGCUGUGGCUUCAGUAGGAGCCUCCACACUUGCUGUGGCUUCAGUAGGAGCCUCCACACUUGCUGUGGCUUCAGUAGGAGCCUCCACACUUGCUGUGGCUUCAGUAGGAGCCUCCACACUUGCUGUGGCUUCAGUAGGAGCCUCCACACUUGCUGUGGCUUCAGUAGGAGCCUCCACACUUGCUGUGGCUUCAGUAGGAGCCUCCACACUUGCUGUGGCUUCAGUAGGAGCUGUGGCUUCAGUAGGAGCCUCCACACUUGCUGUGGCUUCAGUAGGAGCCUCCACACUUGCUGUGGCUUCAGAGCCUCCACUUGCUGUGGCUUCAGUAGGAGCCUCCACACUUGCUGUGGCUUCAGUAGGAGCCUCCACACUUGCUGUGGCUUCAGUAGGAGCCUCCACACUUGCUGUGGCUUCAGUAGGAGCCUCCACACUUGCUGUGGCUUCAGUAGGAGCCUCCACACUUGCUGUGGCUUCAGUAGGAGCCUCCACACUUGCUGUGGCUUCAGUAGGAGCCCCCACACUUGCUGUGGCUUCAGUAGGAGCCUCCACACUUGCUGUGGCUUCAGUAGGAGCCUCCACACUUGCUGUGGCUUCAGUAGGAGCCUCCACACUUGCUGUGGCUUCAGUAGGAGCCUCCACACUUGCUGUGGCUUCAGUAGGAGCCUCCACACUUGCUGUGGCUUCAGUAGGAGCCCCCACACUUGCUGUGGCUUCAAGUGAGGCGGUGUGGCAGGCGGCGGCCAUGGGCGUGUUCGGCUGUGCCAGCGGCGGCUUCUACGGCCUCAACAACCUCUUGAUGACCCAGGUGGUAGGCCUAGGGAACCUCACCGCCAUCUACGGAGCCAAGAACUUCCUGGUGGCCUUGGGCUUCUUCACAGUCGGACCCGUAAUAGGUGUGGUGCGGGACGCCACCGGCAGCUACGCCCUCAGCAUGUGGGUGCUGGCCGCCCUCACCCUCGCCAGCUCCCUCGCCUGGUUCUUCAUGCCCUCCGCGCUGGCCUACGACCUGCGCAGGGCCCAGACCACCUUGCGCCGGUCCCAGACGACCUGCGCAGCGCCCAGACCACCUGCGCACCUCCCAGACGACCUGCGCAGAUCCCAGGCGACCUGCAGGCAACAGUCCCUUCAGAAGUCAUAACGACGAGAAAAGGAAAAUAACAUUGUAAAAAUGUUCCUUUGAUAACAAUAUUAUGGCCUUACCUUAAGGUUGAAGUGUGACUCAGUAUACUUCUGGUCAUGGUUGUGUUGACCAGUAGUGGAGGUGGGUCCAGGGACCCCGGCUGGUCAUGGUUAUUAAGGCGAAUCAGAGGUUAUUAAUUCACAAUCAAUUGUUAACUCGUUUGUUUCUGGCCUGGCUUGGGGCCGUGCUAUGGGCCUGCCUUGGGACCUGGCUCGGGGCCGGGCUUGGGGCCGGGCUUGGGGCCGGGCUUGGGGCCUGGCUCGGGGCCAGGCUCGGGGCCGGGCUUGGGGCCGGGCUUGGGGCCUGGCUCGGGGCCGGGCUCGGGGACCUGGCUCGGGGCCGGGCUUGGGACCUGGCUCGGGGCUUGGCUUGGGGGCGUACUUGGGGUCGUGCUUGGGGCCGGGCUUUGGGCCGAGCUUGUGGCUGGGCUCCCUCUUUCCUGUCCGGCCCGUUGUUGCCGUGAGGGAGGUUGGUGGGCGGCUGCCGGAGUGUGAUGCUCCAUGGGUCAGUCCUCUGUCCUUUUGUGGUCUUAUGCUCCUGCUGUCGUCUUCACUAAUUGUGCUGGAAGUCUUUUCCUCUUCCUUAUAUUUUAUUUUUUCCUCCCCAUCUUCAAAUUGUUAUUUCCUUGCCAACUUUUUGCCAUUCUUGGUUAUUCUUUCAGACAUCUUCUGUUUUGACAUCGGGUGUUUUGGGAGGCACACUCUCUCACCCGUAAAACUGUGGUACCCGACGUUGCGAGCGAGGGGGACGCUUUUAUUGUCAAUCCUCGCCUUCGUUGCUGAAGCCGACUGCGACGGACUGACGGUUCUUAAGAUGGCAUCGUGAGUAUACUCACCCUGGGGGACGGGGAACCGUCUUGUCGGGUGUUUUAUCCUCUAAUUGUGGCUCUUUGGUGGGUAUGGAGGCUUAUUCGUUGGUGAAAUUAUUACCUGUUCGUGUAAUGCCGAUGACUGACCCUCUAUUAACUUCUCAGUCUCAUGGGGUGGGCGACCAUGCUCCCGAGUCGGACUGUGAUGGAAGACCAGGCUCUGUAGCCCCUGCUGCAUUGGGCCCAGACCAAGCUGCUUCUCUGACCCUCCCAACUACCCAUCUCUGAUCCCCUCCCACCACUGUGGCGGGGUUGAGCCCCAAGCCCCCAGUGAUGACCACCUCAUCACCUGGAGCGGCUCCUUUUCACAUUAUGACAACUGCGCCUUUUACCCCACAUCUUUCUGUGGGUGCUCGGCGCCGUUCCCUUCACAGAUGCACUCGCACGAUUCCUUCCAGUUGUACUAUGUUUCAAGAUUUGUUUGGUCCUGCUACAUGGACUAAAUAUUUUGAUCUCACCCAUGUUGAUUCAACGCAUCCUGAUGACUUCUCCCUCCAUAAACACCUUGAGGUUACCUUGAGAAUACCUUGAGAUGUUUUCGGGGUUUAGCGUCCCCGUGGUCCGGUCGUCGACCAGGCCUCCUGGUUGCUGGACUGGUCAACCAGCCUGUUGGAUGCAACUUCUUACAGCCUGACAUUUGAAUCACAGCCUGGUUGAUCAGGUAUCCUUUAGAGGUGCUUAUCGAGUUCUCUCUUGAACACUGUGAGGGGUCGGCCAGUUAUGUCCCUUAUGUGUAGUGGAAGCGUGUUGAACAGUC